CGUUAGGGUGUCAGGACGAGUGAGAAAGCGGGGUGGCGGCUCGGCUAGGUUCGGCCGACUUCGCAAGUCAUCGCCGACGUCUCGCGUCGGGGCUUCCACAUGGGUUGGUAUUGGCUCCCGGGGCGCAGGAUGGCUUGGUGCGGCGGGGCUCUAAUCGGAGAGAGACUCUAACCGUGGUACGGAGAACGAGACGGCGUAGGGUGUAGGAGCGAGAGGGAGAACGCGGAACACGGUGGCGGAUGCGAGAGGGUGUCCGACGCGCGGUAGCGAGAAGGAGAGAGUGCGGGGAUGAGACGGAAAUAGGGAGAGGGAAAGAGAGAGAGAGAGAGAGAGAGAGAAAGAGACAGGCACGGCUUUCGCCACAACACCCCCCGAAACGGGCAGAGCGUCAGUGCUAAGGUGGGUUGCUCGGUCGGAACAUUGCCAGAGAGAGAGAUACGUCCUGGGAGUGCCUGCCUGCCGCACUGACACGACUUCUUGGUGCAGGACUCGCAGCGGUGCAAGGAUCGGAAAGAACGCGCGCACCGGGAAAAGUGACUGAUCGAGUGGCAAUGACACGUAUGUACGCACUCGCGAACACAGGCACACGGGACUCGGGGGAAGCACGCAUGCACGUAGGCGCGUAAGAAGGACCGAGGAGGGAGAGACCGAGGAAAAGACCGAGAAACGAGGGAUAGUUCGGCAGCUGGGAUCCGCCGGGAGCGCGAAACAGGCGGUAGCGGAUCGCGAGUGGAAACAGCCAAGUGCCGUAUGUCGGGUCAGGCGACAAUCGCGGGAGAGGCGGUGGCGAACGAGAGCUCGAAACAACGGCCGGAAUCAUGAGAGAGGAGGUCGAGCGACCCUCGACGUUGAUCGGAAUGUUACAUAUGGCCGGCGCGGUGGCUUUCCGCUUAGUCGGAUAGACGUGUAUCGUCGACCGGAAGCAGGAACGAGGAAAGAAAGAAAGAUAGAUAGAUAGAUAGGUAAAGGGAGGGAAGGUGAAAGAGUCGGGAAGAUAUGCCAGAGGAGACGAAAGUCGGUAGGAGGUCAGCGUGGCUUCAGGGUGGCCAGUGGUAACGGUGGUGAUGGUGGUGGUAGUAGUGGUGCAGUGGGUGCUCUCUAGGUGAAUGAUCGUCGUCGGCCUCGUGGAAGAGGCGGUCGCCGCUUAUGCGGGCCGCCGCGUGUGCCGCAUCGUCGCUCGCGAAUAACUGGAAUUUGCCGUCGAGGGCGGCAAGAAGAAUCGGUGACGAGAGACGGUGGUGGCGGAAGAAGGGUGUCGUCGUCGCCGCCGCGCGCGAUAUCGGGGCGACCGAUCGUACGUUAGUGGUAGUGACGUUGGCGGUGGUGGUAGUGGUGGUAGUUGGAUCGCACAGGGUGGAACUACCGAUCACCGGCGCAGCACCAGGAGAUCGUAACAGUCCGCGGUCGUCGAGCUGGCGGCUGGCAGGGGCCGCUGGAUUCCGCCGUGGGUUAUGGCGAGCUGGCCCGCGUCGCGGGAUACCCGUUUCGCGAGUAUGACGAAGGGACGACCGAGGAGAUCGCGCGCGAGCCCGAUUGCGACGAGCGCGAUGCCGAUGAUCGCCGUGACUACCGCGACUGCGACGACUGCCAGCGUAAGCCAGAGGAUCGCGCCGCUGCCGAGAAACCCGACGAGGACGGCGAUGACGACGACUACGACUACUGCUACGAGUACGACGAAGAUGACGCCCGCGCCGAGCAAGAUGCCGCUGCUGCUGACGACGAUGUCGAUGGUCCCGGCGACACUGACGACGAUGCCGAAGAUGGCAGUUGCGCUCGCCCCCGUUGUCGCUGCCCCCGGAAGUUCCUCGUUUCUCGGGCCAUCGAAACCCUGGUAGCGGAGGCAACGGUCGCGCGUCUCCUCCUCAAUCGUUAGAAGCAGUGCUGUUGUGCCGUCCGGAUCUUCCUCCUCUCGGGGCUAUUUAUAUCCGUCGGUGGUGCGUCUGGUGGGUGCUGGUGUGGUGGUGCGCCGUCUACCGAUCCCUCGUGUUACAGGUCACUCCUGCCGGCCGGCCGGCCGUUCGCGUACCCGCAGUGCGGCGGUCGACCACCGGCUGACUACCGGAGGGCCGUUCGCCGGCUGACGGGCCGUUCGCGCGCCGCGACAACCUCGACAGUCGUUGUUGUUACGCGCGGGGGCGACGACGUACGCGACGGCGACGGUGACGAGGACGAGGACGGCGGCGCGGACCGGGACGAGGACGACGAUUACGACCACAGCUACUACUACGACGACGAUCACCACGACGACGACGACGACGACGACGUCGGGGAUAUGUGCGGGUGCGCUACGUCCACGCGGCGAGGACUCGGGACUGCUGCGGGUAAAUCGGCACGGCGCGCCAAGUCCUCGUGUUCGGUGCAUAGGACGCCCGGGAUACGGUAGCUCGUCCUUCGGCGUUAUUCCUCAUCGACGCCCGCGGGCAAUGUGCCCACCCGCCGGGAUAGCAACGGGUGGACAAGGCGUACGAUGCUUAGGGAUGCUUGGACGAACGACGGUGGGAAAGGCUGGUGGCGAUGGUGGUCCAGGUUGGGCGGAUUGCUGGCGAUGGCGGCAGCCAUAUCCUGUCUCGUUGCCCCGUUUCCGGGCGCCUCGGCCAAUCCGGAAGCGAAGCGUCUCUACGAUGACCUGCUGUCGAACUACAACCGCCUCAUCCGCCCUGUUGGCAACAACAGCGAUCGCCUCACUGUCAAAAUGGGACUACGCCUCUCCCAGCUCAUCGACGUCAACCUGAAGAACCAGAUCAUGACGACAAAUGUUUGGGUGGAACAAGAGUGGAACGAUUACAAAUUGAAGUGGAAUCCGGACGACUAUGGCGGCGUCGACACCCUUCACGUACCAUCGGAACACAUUUGGUUACCUGACAUUGUUCUUUACAACAAUGCCGAUGGUAAUUAUGAGGUAACCAUUAUGACUAAGGCGAUUUUGCAUCAUACGGGGAAGGUUGUGUGGAAGCCACCGGCAAUCUAUAAAUCAUUUUGUGAGAUCGACGUGGAAUAUUUUCCCUUCGACCAGCAGACUUGUUUUAUGAAGUUUGGUUCGUGGACUUACGACGGUUACACGGUCGACCUGCGGCAUCUUUUGCAGACCGAGGAUUCGAAUAAAAUCGAUGUCGGGAUCGACCUGACCGAUUAUUAUAUCUCCGUCGAGUGGGACAUCAUAAAAGUGCCUGCCGUGAGGAACGAGGCGUUCUACAUAUGCUGCGAGGAGCCCUACCCCGACAUCGUGUUCAACAUCACCCUGCGCCGCAAGACCCUCUUCUACACGGUGAAUCUGAUAAUACCGUGCGUGGGCAUAUCCUUCCUGUCGGUGCUGGUGUUCUACCUGCCGAGCGACAGCGGCGAGAAGGUCUCGCUGUCUAUCUCGAUAUUGCUAUCGUUGACGGUGUUCUUCCUGCUGCUGGCCGAGAUAAUACCGCCCACGUCGUUGACGGUGCCGCUUCUGGGCAAGUACCUGCUCUUCACGAUGGUGCUGGUGACGCUGUCGGUGGUCGUCACGAUAGCCGUGCUGAACGUCAACUUCCGCUCACCCGUGACCCAUCGCAUGUCUAAGUGGGUGCGGGUGGUGUUCAUCCAGGUGCUGCCGCGUUUCCUUCUCAUCAAGCGGCCGAAGAAGGACGACGACGACGACGAGGACGAGGGUGGAAACGGCGCCGGUCGUGGCGCGGACGAUGACGCCGACGACGACGGCGCCGACGACGAGGACGAUGACGAUGACGACGACGACGACGAGGACGAUGUCGAGGCGGCGAACGGCAAGCCGCCCGAGGGCAUCCUCACCGAUGUGUUCCAUGUACCAGAGACUGAUAAGUACGACACGUACUACGGCAAGAGGUUCAGCGGAGAGUACGAGGUACCGCCGCACGGGUUGCCGCCGCCGGCUACGAGGUACGACCUCGGCGCCGUCGGCACCGUCGGCACCGUCGCACCCUGCUUCGAAGAGCCCCUACCCUCGCUGCCACUGCCGGGGGCGGACGACGAUCUCUUCGGACCGGCUAGUCCCGGAUAUGCUCACGAGGACGUCAGCCCCACCUUCGAGAAGCCGUUGGUACGCGAGAUCGAGAAGACCAUCGACGACGCUCGCUUCAUCGCUCAACACGCCAAGAACAAGGACAAAUUCGAGAGCGUGGAGGAGGAUUGGAAGUACGUCGCGAUGGUGCUCGACCGGAUCUUCCUUUGGAUCUUUACGCUGGCCUGCGUGUUUGGCACGGCGUUAAUUAUCUUCCAAGCGCCGAGCCUCUAUGACACGACGAAGCCGAUCGACAUCAAAUACAGUAAGAUUGCCAAGAAGAAGAUGAUGCUGAUGAACAUGGGCCCCGAGGAGGACUAGUCGACGAUCUCGCGCGGCUUCGUGCCGCGUCCACAGUGUCGGCCGCCUAAUCGCCGACGACGGCGUCGUCCACGUCAUCACCGUCGCCGUCGUCGACGUCGCCGUCGCCGCCGCCGCUGCCGUCGUCGUCGUCGUCGUCGUCGUUAUUGUCGUCGUCGUUGCCGUCGUUCCCCGCGGCCGCCCAUCAUCGAAACUGCCGAUUUUCGCGUCGACGUGGAAGAGGACCCUCUCUCGAACUCACGCUGGUGCCAAAGAUACGUGGUCCCGGACGGAUGACAUCAAGAAGAUGGACACGCAAGUGAGGGGAUCAAGCGAUGCGACGAGCGGAUCACGAACGAAUGAAAUUCCGCCGGAUAAAUCCGUGAAAUGGGAUACUGUAACCCUCCUCGAAGAGGGUAGAUCGGUUGAACUUUGGUCCGAUUACCCUUCGGGAUGGAGAUAAGAUAAGGGCGUGCGACCGCAUGAUACACGAGAGUAAGAGAGCUUUCGUGACAGAGUGAGAUAAAGUGAGAUAGAGCGCGCAUGUGUAUGCGUGUGUGUAUGCGUAUGCAUGUGUGUGUGUCGGGGAGGAAAAACGGAGGAAGUAAACGAGGAACGCGAAAAGGAACGAUAGAGAGAGAGAAUGAGUGCGAAAAUGGGUGCGAAAGAGGGAGAGAAAGGGAGAAAGAAAGAAAGAGAGACAGAACAAGCGAGAGUUUGGACGAAAGGGAGAGAGAGAGAGAGGUGAAAAAGUGCCAAAUACGCGAAAAACACGCGCACCGUAUUUUUGUAAAUCUGGUUUCAUACGUAAGGCUAGAGUCGUGCGGCGAGACGUCGAACUGCCCGAACUGCCGAUUUUAUAUAAGAAGACGUUUACAGCGCGCGAGGAGAUGCGUAGUACACCGAGGUACCGAUUCACACGCAUUUACAUCUAUACUUACAUACAUAUAUGAUACAUUACACAAGCGUCUGGCACAUACAUAUACACAUACAUAUAUAUAUAUAUACAUAUAUACCGUAUAUGUACCGGCAUCAACGUCACUCACGCGAUAUAUUAACGUAUGGACACGCGCGUGCAUCUUUCGACGCAUUUCGUGGAGCACACGCGCAAAAAAAAAAAAAAACAUUUUCACGCACGCGUUCGCGUUGACACGGCGAAGGAGAAUCUCUGUGCGCUUUAAAGAAAGUUUUUUCGGAGAUAUUCUCAUCCCUCUCGCAGGAUUUUACAGAUUUUUCUGCAAACUUUCUUAUUUGUAUCCUGCAAGUUUAAUACCUUUCAUAUUUCAACGUGUCAAGUAUUUCCAAAUUAUGUACUUUUGCUACAAAACAUCCGGAAAUUUACCCGCGCGGAUCUAUGGUCGAUCGACAGGAUGACAAUCUGGAACAUUGCAUCUACCGAUCUGUCGAUCCACUUUUCGAUGGUAUCAUCGGCGUUCUUCUCUCGAAUAACGAUCGCCACUUGAUACGGAUAUCGAUGUGCCGUUAUCGACGCGAUCCGAGUCAUUUACACGGGCGGCCAAUUAUCGAAGCAAAUUAUUCAAUUGAUCGAUUAUUCCGACGUAUCGAGUGGCCUGGACAGCAUUCAAGCAGCUGACGAGAGGCAUGACUACCGGGAAUAAUUGAUUGGCAAAAUAAUUUGCGCGAAACAUAUCCGCUCGUCGAUUUGUCCCAUAAUUAAUGUCAUUGAUUAAUGGCGAUCUCUGGAACGGGUCGUCGCUCGCGUUUGGGCGCUCGUCCCCCUUCGCCGUAAAACGCGCGCACGUUCGAAGAUCAGGGGACGAGAGGGACCGAAAGUCACGAGAGAGAAGCAAGCAUAAAUUGAACGACAAUUAUGCAAACAACUGCCAAUUUUUAGACGCGGUCGGUCUCCGUCUGAAUCACUUGGUCGGCUUGUGAAACAAGAAACGAUAUAAAUGUGGCGUCGGUAGGGUAAUAAGACGAUCGAAUAGCUCGGAUAAAAGCGAUAGGGUUCGCCAUGCUAAAAGGCGGUUUCGGCCACGAGCCAGUUCGUCCAGCUCGUGCCGGAAUUCGAUCGAGGGACGAUUAUCAUCCUUUUUCCCGAUUUCCUCUUUUUCGAUAAUUUUAACUAAAGUUACGUGAGCGUUUCACGAUUAAAAGAAUUAAAUCAAGAAUCAAUUUUGUCAACAAUUCACACGAUUGCCGGAACAAAUAAUCACGUCGUGAAUAAAUAAUCGCAAUAAUUUUCGUCUGUCGAUAUUAAUAACGGAUAUCGAUAUUUAUUUCGAAGGUGGGAUAUUUUGACAAAAGCUAUUUUAUUUUGUGAUUGAGUAAUUUGCACGAUAAUUAUUUUUCAUUGUAUUAAAACAAUUUAAUUAAUGCGAUUAAUUAUUAAUUACGACGUUGAAAAAGCAAGCUCUCCGAAAGAUAUGAAUUAACGUUCGUCUAUAUGACACUGUACGUUGAUUAUCGACGUAAAUAUAUUACCGUCAUAAAAAGAUCAAAUUCAAUCUCCUAUAAAAUUCAGUCAUAAAGCACGAGGGUUCAAGGUGGCUCGUCCGGAGCGCGAGUAUCAAUCGUGGUUCAUCUCGUUCAUUUUCUUUUUUCGGCUUUCCUUCAUCAAUUACAACGCGCUGCGUACUAUUUCUUCUUUCUAUCAUAUACACAUCGCGAAUCGAUACUUGUAAAAAUAAAUAAGAAAAAAAUAAGAGAAAGAAAGAGAGAGAGAGGGGAAUGAGAAAGAGGAGCACUCGGGGACGCAAGAAAGCUCUCGACGUGUUUGCUCGUAUCGUCGCGAUUGGCUGGCAUAGUCACGUCGAGAGCAUUCCGUCAUCGAGGGGGAGGGAGUGUUAACAGGAGCCGGGAUGACGAAACAGGAACCGCGGAACAUGAGAAGGAUACCAAGGAUAAGGGUCCACGGUAAGAACGCGGCAGAAGUUAAAGAUGACACGGUUUCGGAUAGUUUUACUUCGUUAGAGAGAGAAAGAAGCCAAAGAGGGAUGGGGGGGAGAGCGGGGAGAUGGGAGAGAAGACAAGACGUAAUUAGAGCCGCUGGAGAUUAAACACACACGAGCGCACGCACGCGUACACAUACUCAUAGGCAUACGAGAGUACGUACUCUAUGUCUGACAUCUAUACACAUCACAUACACAUACACACACACGUAUACAUUGUUUAUACGCCGACGAGGAACGAGAGGGGGCGAGGGUCGAGAAGAGCGUUAGAACGCUCGCAUGGCCCCUGCCCGGCGAUAUAAUAAUCAAUUUAUUUGCUCACGUAAAAGGUAAUAUGGUAUAAUAUAUUUCAUAUAUGUGUAUAAUAGGUGUAAAAAGAUUAAUUACAUUAAUUGAUUAAUUGUACAAUCCGCGUGCGAGCAAGCGUGAGAGAGAGAAAGAAAGAGAGAAAGAGAGAGAGAGAGAGAAAGAGAGAGAGAGAGAGAAAGAGAAGGAUGAAGGAGAACAUUCCAUUUACCAAGCCGCACGGGGCGGCGGUGCUUGUUGACAUUGUGACAGAUGUGACAGGAGGCUUUGGUGUGUCUCGCUGUCGCGUCAUAUGGAUCGUCGGCUACGAUCAAGAUACACGUGUCUUUGUGCGGAAACGCGGAGAAAGGGGGAAGGGGAUUAAACGAGUCGAUCGAAGAAGGAGCCAGAUUGGAGGAGAGCUGACACUCUCUCGAAAUAACGAGGAAACAGUUUGCGAGGAGACUAAAUAUCGAGGGGUGGAUAAGGGAGAUGAGGAACUAGAAGGCGUGGGAGCUCCGAUAAUCAUCGCUUUUAUUCUUACCGAUCGCUAAAGGGAUCAACCCUCCCUCGAGGUGGAAAGAAUGACGGAAGACCUCGCUUCUCGGCGAUUAAUUAACGAGGCAACCACGGAGGACGAGGCAGGGCGGAGGGGUCUGUGGAAGCACAUGCAUGCACACGAGUGCGGAAGGCGAGAAGAAGGUAAAAGCGAGCGAGCACAAUGGCGGGUGAGUCGACAGUGACUGUAAAAUCACCGAUGUUCGGCAGCUGCGUCUAUCGUAGUCGCGAGACGCGUGUCUAAAUAAUCGGCGGGGAAAUCGAGAUAAAUCACGACCAAUUUUCAAUGACAAUGGGAUCUCAUUUAUUCAUCUAAUUAUUAAAUGGAUCUUGAAACUAGAUUUCGACGAGUAAACACACAAUUGAUUUGUUCUCUCGUACAUGGGGCGAAAUAUUUCCGUAUACAAACGUCAGACUAAUUGCUUGAGAUUAAUUAAUAACGCGUUACACGCACGUGAAUGUCGAGAAAUUCUCUUGGCUCGUAACGGUUAUAAAAAAAGACCUGUUCCGCUUUUGUAACAUACGGUUUUUUACAUCGAGAGGGAUAUUAAAGGGGGUAAUCCCUUGCGUGUAACGCGGGGGUUAAAAUAACUUUAUGGGUUUACCGCUCUAUCCCUUUGACUAACUUUACGUCAUCAACACGAUAAGAUAAUUCUCAAAUGUUUCCGCGAGAAAAAUUUACUUGCGAUACAAAUCGUUGGGCACUAUCUCGUUUUCUAAAUCUGCUCCUGCACACGCAGUUUCUGUCUCUUUCUCUCUCUCUCUCUCUCUUUCUCUCUCUCUUUCUCUCUCUCUCUCUCUCUCUCUCUCUCUCUCUUUCUCUCUCUCUCUCUUUCUUUUUUUUUGCGCGAUUCCGAAUUCGAUCGACAGUUCGCGCGAUAAGCAUCACCGGAUUUAUCCUGGCAGCCGGAAUAUAUUUCGGACGCGUCAUCAUCCGCGCAUUCGUGAUUUGUUAUGAAUCUAUAAUCGGAAUAAAUCGCGGAGACGCGCUGCGUCAAACGGCGUUUGUCAUACGAGCGAUCGCAAAUGCAAGGCUCAUUUUCGCGUGCCGCGGCGUAUGUUGUCAUCGAAAAUUGGUCGGUUCGCCAGAAAGGGCGAGAAGAGAGGGAGGAGAGAGAGAGAGAGAGAGACAGAUAGACACAUACAUACGCACACACACACAUACACACGGAGAACGACCCGAUUUCUCGUCCGUGCACGGUGGUUAAUCGAUACUGCGUGGCUGGAACACACGAGCCGAUAAAGCGCGCGCCAACGACCGUUACUACGAUAAUAAAUAAAUAUCGAUUAUCGCGCGAGAGGAAGAGGGGUUCGCCUCUCAUCCUCUUUACGGCUCGCAUCUCCCCCUCCCCCCCUCCUCCCCCUCCCCCUUCCGCCCGCCCGUUACCAUUCUUUCGAGAGAGUGUGAUAAUCGUGAACAACAAUGUAAUUAACGCGAUCGUGUAACGAUUAUUACGACGAAGGAGAAGAAGAUUGGAGGAAAAAGUGGAGGAUGAUAGCAACGGUGAUAGCAACGACGAUAAGAAUAUAAUGUUAGUUACAUAUAGACUGUUCGUAUAAUCGGUGAUAAUCGAUUACAAUGCACGAUAAAAUGACGAGAAAUGUACAUAGAAGGAGCGUUUAAAGUAUCGGACUUUGAAUUAGGGGUCGCGAGUCCGCGGAUCGGUCGCGUCGCCUCGACUUUUUAGCUACGAUCGAUCACGAAAAUUGUAUAAUCGGCGCAAUUUUCUCGAUCAUCAUUAUCGUAGAAUUGUUAUGAGAAAAGAAGGGCCCGCUUAGAGCCCAAGCGCAACUGUGUAAGUGUACGUAAGUAUUUACGAUAUAAUUGUAAGUAUUGUCUCGAGAAAGACACGUACAGGAAAGCGUCGAAUAUUUCGGUCCACUUUGGAUCUUCCCUAAUGGCUCAGAAAGAUCUCAGAAUUGUAGAAAGUUAUGUAAAAAUUAUGUAACUGGCCUCUACAAUUUUCUAGAUUGGAAUCGAAUAAACUUUUGGAAAUUCGAUUGACGUAAUUAUUCAAUCGAAUCGUUAAUGUUGAAUUGAAUUACAUAGCUGCAUCCUCGAAUAAUUACGGCGUUCCAACUACAUCGAAGGAUAAAUGUAUAUCGCAAAAUUACGCAUAAUGCGCUGUUGAAAUGCAAUCUUGUAUAGAAAGAACAGAGAGAGAAGGAAAAGAAAUAUUCUCUCUUCGUUUUGUUAUUCCGUUGAACAGUCGCUACAGGAAAAUUGUACGCAGUUACAUAAAAGCUACAUAACUUGGUAUAUACAUAUAUAUCGGUGAAACUGUAUAAAUAUUAGACGCUAUCGAUUGUAAUCGUCAUUAUCAACGAAAUGCGCGGGUGACGUGCCGGAAGGGCAGAACAACUCUUUUCUCGUCCCUUCUGUUAGAGUCUCUUCACCCCGUAAACAUCGCCAGGAGGCUCCAAUCACGCGUCUUCCUGUAAUCGAAUCACCUUUGCCUCCUCCCAUUCCCGUGUUAAGGAAAAAUAGCUAGAAAAAAGUUUGUAGAAAUGAGGUACGCGUAGUUUUCCGAUAGCCUCGAUAAUCAGCGGAGACAUGGCGAGUUACUAAUGAUUGAGAAGCUAUCGUUUGUAGCUGAAACAUCGCAUCCUGCGGACGAUUCCGGCAUUUUUGGCGAUUAUCGCUCCUUUAUUUCAUUUCAUCUCCCGUCACGUUUCUAUAUUCUAGUUCUUCAAAAUUUCGCACGAGUUUUAACAGAAUCCCAACUUGGAGCAUGAAACUUCAAUAAAAGCAAAGCUAUGGUAUCCAUCUAAAUCUUUGAAGAAAAUUAAAUGUACCUCGAACAUUCUGCGUCGAACGUAUGCGUUUCUUACAAGUAAUAAGUAUGAUCACUCGUAACAUAUGCAUACCUGUAUUAUAAAUAAUACAUCUCUGGAGCAAGAGAGAGGGAGGGAGGAAGAGAGAGAAAAGGAGCCGUUACCUGUCAGAUCGAGAGACAAAUCGGGUCGCGAGAUAAUUGCGAUUUCUGUUUUCAUUCGGCAUUCGCCGUUUUCUUCUCCCUUCUCCGCCACCCUCGCUUCUUUCUCCUUUCAUUUUGCGAAAUUCCGCGUCCGGAGUAUUUCAUUACACCCGCGCCAGGCUGGGAACGAAGCUCGCCGGUGUAAUUGAAUUUUUCAGUCACUUCAGCCUUUGGCAGAAACGUGAUUCAUUAGUAGUGCAAACGGCGGUGGAAAAUUAGGACGGGCGUGCAAGGUAAACGAACGAACGAACGAACAAACGAACAAUCGAACGAACCAAGGACGUGAGUACGUGGAUUAGGUAAGUAAGUUCUGAUUUCGUGUCCCGCGACUGCUCGAGAGAUCAUAUUUCGCGCGGAUUUUCCGCCGCGUUAUUUCCAUCAUCCUUUUUUCGCAACUCGCCUGGCGCACUUUACUCUCGAGUGCACGCGCGAGCGUAGGCGGCGUAUUUAAUGAUUAUUUAGCUAUCGGAUUUUAUAUCGCGAGAAAUUACGUUUAGGAUGCCAUAAUUUAACGAGAUCUCGCUCUUCGUGUAUCUAUCAGCUGAUUGUAUCGCGCCGCUGAUUUAAAGUAAUUAAGAGUAAGGGAAGUUGAUUAAGUAACAUGGAACACGCAAAUUUAUAUAAUAAUUCGGCAAUCAAUUUAAUGAAUAUGUUCUUCUUACAAUAUCUUCAUUAGUUAUCGAUUGGUGAGCCGGCUUGAAGCUCUAGCUCGAGCAAGAUUUUUUAAUUUUUAUUAUUAUUUUUGUAUCGCGAUUUUCCUUCAUUCUUAUACAUUUGCGAAAUCGCCGCAAGUGCAUCGAUCCGUAUCUUUAGAAACGCGAUACACUUGGACAUGCUCCAAAGUCUCUGCUUCUCGUUCUUACGUCUCUAAAUUUACACAUUCAGAGGUCGUCGCAUCGUGUCUGGAGAAUCAACACGAGAACACGAGUACGCGUGGCGUGGAGGCGCCUACAGUUAUCUCUAAUCGUUUUAGGAAAUUGCAUCGCAAAUUUCAUUUUCGCAAGGUGUUAGGUAUGUACAGAGUUUCCCGCGUACGCUACUCGUGUAUGUACGCGUCACUCGAAAAAGCAAACAGAUGAAGCAGAUACGUCGUAGUCUUGCGAAAUUUUAACAAACGUCAAAAGAGACUUUCUCUCAAUGAAACGUGAUUAGAAUACAAUUUACAAAGGAUGCUGUUUAUUUAUGUGUAUAUAUGUAUGUGUAUUAUCAAAGAGUUUAAUAGUCAUUGAACUGUAGAAGGAUUGUGUUAGAGAAUCAAAUUUCGGGAUAAACAAGAAAUAGAACAAAUAAUAGGAAAUG